AUGUCUGAAUAUUUAGAUUUAAUUAAAAGAGGUGGGAAUGAAGCUUUAAAAAUUAAUGGACCUGCAAAGGCAGAUUUCCAUAUUACUAGUAGAGGUUCCGAUUGGUUAUUUACAGUUUUCUGUAUCUACACUUUUGCUUGUAUUAUCGCUAUAUUACUAAUGUUUAAAAAACCAGCUAAUGAAAGAUUUGUUUAUUAUACCAUUAUUAUUCCAUACGCAUGUAUGGCUGUAAAUUAUUUUACAAUGGCUUCAAAUUUAGGUUGGGCUCCAGUUGUCGCCCUUUAUAAUCGUAAUAGAGUCUCAACUCAAGAGACUAAUUUAGGUACAAGACAAAUCUUCUACUCAAGAUUAAUCGGUUGGUUUUUAGCUAUGCCAUGGCCUGUUAUUCAACUAUCUUUAAUGGGUAAGACUCCAAUUUGGCACAUUAUUUUCAAUUGUUUCUUUACUGAAUUAUUCGUUAUCGGUUAUUUAGUCGCUUGUGUUGUCCAUUCUACUUACAAAUGGGGUUAUUACACUUUCGGUACUGCUUCAAUCAUUGUGACUUUAGUCUCUUUAAUGACUACUACUAAGAAUCUAACUAAAAGAUUAGGUGAGGACGUUACUAAGAUUUUCACUUACAUGUUUGGUUUGAAUGCUUUCAUUUGGUUAAUUUACCCAAUUUGUUUCGGUUUAUCUGAAGCUGGUAAUGUUAUUGUACCAGAUUCUGAACAUAUCUUUUACGGUAUUAUUGAUUUAAUUUAUCUAGGUGUCUUACCUGCUGUUUGGUUAGUCUUCGUUCAAUAUGUCGGUUUAGAAAAGAUGGGUUUAGAUACCUUGGGUGCAGAAGCUGAAUUGGAUCCUUUACCUUCUGUAGGUUCUGCUGCUAGCGUCACUUCAAAGAAAUCUGAAUCUGAUUCUGGUAAUGAAGAAAAGAAGAAGUCUAAAUCACCAUUAGAUAAGUUAAAGUUAACUAAGAAAGAAGAAAAUUAA